GACGCUUUGAAUGGCGCGAAUUGCUUGAUAUACGUUCUCAAUCCCUAUAUUGAAUCAAUUCUCUAAGUCGCUUUCGUGAUGUCCUCCGAAGCGAUUCGUCCCCGGGGGAGACCAGCUCAUACCCCAGGGACAACAGUCUUGGGAUAUACACCCGAUGGUCGUCGAGUCAUUACGGGCGGUUCCAAUUCAGCGAUUCGAAUCUACACUGUCGGACAAGAUGGCGAGCCCACGACAGUCGACGAGGGCGUGGACGGAAACCUGGGAAUUGGUGCCACUAACAACUCGUUUAUCAUGGGAGCAGAAGAUGGAACGGUCUGGCAAUAUGAGAUCAACUCGGGCAGGAUGGAAAAGUUACUGGUACGAUGCGCUCUGCCGGUAAGAGAUAUUGGGAUUUCGAAUGAUGGAGAAUGGGCUGCAGUUGCGAGCGAUGAGCUCACCGUGAAGAUUGUCAACAUCGAGGACAUGACCAAAGUGAAAUACCUUCGCGAGCAAGGAAAAGGAACAAAACAUGUCACAUUCGACCCGAGCGGACGAUAUGUCGCGGUUUCCUGUACGGACGGUAUCCUUUACAUCUACUCCACGGUCUCGGAGGAACCGGAGUUGCUGCGAAAACUCGACGGCGUGAUUCGAAGACUUGAACCCGAAGACGAGGCCACGUCGAGAGCAGUGUGGCAUCCUGAUGGAACGGCAUUCGCGUCCGCUGAAGCAACAAGAGACAUCGCUAUUUAUUCUACAGCCGAAUGGAAGAAAGAGAAGGUUUUCUCGGGUGGUCACAAUGGAGACGUCACGGCGAUCAGUUGGUCACCCAAUGGUGCGCUUCUUGCUACAGCUGGGGCAGAUGGACAAAUCCUACUUUGGGAAACGAAAAGCCAGAAGGUCUUGGAACGCCACGACUUCCCGAACGUGAUCAACCUCGCCUGGCAUCCCACCAGAAACUCGCUUUCAUUCACGACGUCGGACGGAGAGCUUUUUAUCUAUGACGAUUUUGUAUCAAAAAACCAUCAGUCGCUCCUUCAGAAACCACUUCAAGCCGCACCUAUUUUCCCCGGGCCCUUGACAGAGAUCUCCGAAAAUGUGAGACGGCCACUGGCCAGUAGGCCGAAGGAGACGAUCGAACGCAGGGGAGGCACUCCUGACUCUCUCGAUGAUAUCCUUGGUGGUUCCGAUGCGGGCAUGGCAGAUUUCGUUGAUGACGAUGAUGGCGCUGGGUACGCUGAAGGCAUGAACCCAUUCGGCAAGCGGACAAAUGAGCACCUGGAUGACCCCGAUGGUCACGCGGAAAAACGGUUAUUGACUUCAUUUUCCAAGCCAAGAAUCCACUCUCCACUCCAGCCUGGAAGCACGCCGUGGAGAGGCAGUCGACGGUAUCUUAGUUUGAACUUGACGGGUGCUGUCUGGACCGUCGAUCAGGAGACGCAUAACACAGUCACAGUGGAGUUUUAUGACCGAGAACUGCAUCGAGACUUUCAUUUCACUGACCCGUAUCUAUAUGAUAAGGCAUGUCUAAAUGGGCAUGGCACAUUAUUUUCCAACAGUCCUAGGGACGGCAAUCCUGCGACGAUAUUCUAUCGACCUCAUGAGACAUGGACCACGAGAGCUGACUGGCGAACACAAUUGCCGGCUGGCGAAGGAAUUAGAGCGCUGGCGCUGAGUGACUCCUACAUCGUGGCUGUGACGACAAAAGACUACGUGCGCGUAUACACAUUGUUUGGAACACCUUACAAGGUGUACCGACAAAAGAGCCCAGCUGUGACCUGCGCUGCUUGGCGGGACUACAUCAUGACGAUUGGAAAUGGACCGUUGAGCAGUGAUGGCCGCACCGCAACGCUGUGUUAUACUUUGGAGAAUGUCAAACGUGACGAAAUCUGUCAAAACGAGGAUGUAGUUGCCCUCCCAGAAGGAGCAGAAUUACGGAGCGUCUUCUUUUCUGACUCAGGAGACCCCUGUAUCUAUGACUCAGAAGGCGUUUUGCUCAUCUUGCAACACUGGCGCACUACGGGCCAAGCUCGCUGGGUGCCACUGCUUGACACCAAGCAACUGGAGCGUUUGGCCGGUGGACGGAAAGAAGAGACAUACUGGCCGGUUGCUGUUGCUCAAGGAAAAUUCCACUGCAUCAUUCUCAAGGGAGGAGACAAAUACCCCUAUUUCCCUCGCCCGUUGCUCAGCGAAUUCGACUUCCGGAUCCCCAUCUCCGAUACGCCCAACAAAGCCCCGAGCGAGGACGACGAAGAUGGAUCUGCUGCUGCUGCGCACAACGAAGGCGCCAAGUUCGAGGAGGCAUUCGUCCGCAGUAAUAUCCUUCUGUCUUUGCUCCAGGAUCUCCUGUCAUCCACGAAUGCCACGCCAGCACAGCGGGCUGAACUAGCACGGAAGGAACUGGAGCUGGACAAGACGCUUCUGCAGAUGCUGGCCGUCGAAUGCAGAGAAGGCGAGGAACGGGGUAUGAAGGCCCUAGAACUGGUGCGGAUGAUGCGAGAUCGUAACGGCAAGAUGGUCGAGGCCGCAAUGAAGGUGGCCGAGCGGUAUGGCCGGGGAGUAUUAGAGGACAAAAUCCGGGAUCUGGCAGAGAAACGGUUUAUGGGAAUCGCAGAGGAUGAUGAUGAAUUGGCUUGAUUCCGUUAUGACAUUUCUUUUCGUUUUGUUUGGAUAUAUCUUAUGCCUUAGUAUCUAGUCCAUAGUCCGAGUUGUAUAGAAUGACGACCAAUCACCAGCAUUACAAACACGCUGACC